AUGACUUUCUCUCGAAGCUCUCGUCGGGCGCGAUCGCAAUGGCCCCCAGCGCCCUGCGUCGAGGAAGAGCCCCAGUCCCUCUCGAAGGAGCUAGACGGCCUCUCCAAACUUGGAGAUAGACCCGGAGUCGACGGUGUCCAUACAAGAGGGGUUAUCGAUCAGUAUCCUAUCAUAGUCUCCGCCAACUCAGCCGCUCCAUCGUCUAUCUCCCCUGCCAGUGUUCCUAGUGUUCCUGGGCUCGGGAGUGUGUCUUCGGACGAAAGCGCAGGGCCGAUGACACCGCCUGCUCAAGAGCCGAUCUUGCGGAACACCGUCAGGUUCGAGAUGGAUGAUCGACCAAAGCGUGCGCCGCCCUCAACUGCAAGCCAACCACGCGGUCUACCAUCUCGGCCCUUGUCCCAGCAACAGCCCGUCCAUGAGCUUAAUACGCAGCGGGAACUCAAACCGCCCUCCCGUAGCCGAGAUAGCAACCCCAGCAGACACGGGCCGCCAAUGCAAAACACGUCUCGUGGCUCCCUUGCGCCGGGUGUGCCGGAUCGCAGUGGUUCUCAAGCUCCCAUGCAUGACAAGACCUAUCUACAACCACCCAAGUCUUCCAUUGGCCGAUCCAACAGUGCACGACACGCACCUUCGACAGCACGACCAAUGCCAGAACGCUUUCGGCGGGAGCCUAGCUCGGGGUAUUUGUCCGAUUCGGCCACCACAUACAACAGGCCACCCUCACACCAGGCCCAGGCGCCUGUGUCCACAGCUCCUGUAUCAGCUCUGCCAAAUGGGCCCACCCUCGCAGAACGCAUUGACGAGAAGCUUCGUCAGCGACAAGAACAGCGGGACACGGGGUCUAUGUCGGACCCGGAGGCACGGCAAAUUCACGCGACUGUGAAGCCUGUCAAACCGAAUCCUCUCAACGUCUCCCUGCCCCCUCCGCCUCCUGUUCCUGCUUCUGCUCCUGCCCCUGCCCCUCCAUCGCACCCACCUUUGCGUGGGCCUCAGCGUGUCCCGACCCAACGAGCACAAAGCGAGGUGCCCCCGGCCUCACGUGCUCGGGCGACAUCGGUGACAAUGCCGCCUACGCGGUCGAUGUCUGGAUCUCGCCAUCCCUCGCGACCAGCACCCGAGGUGAACAAGCCUACAUCAACCCAAGUCGCAACCCAACUAAACCCCGACAGGUCACUGGCUCAUCCCGCACCCACUCGACCCCCAGGUACAUCACCACAGCGCCCCAGCACGGUAGGCCUGGGCCUCUCUCCAUGCCCGCGAACUAUCGCUGUCGCAGGUUACCAAGAUUGGUAUACGCUCAAAGGCCUCACCCACCUGGACAUCUGUCCAUCCUGCAUGAGUCAAAUCGCACACUCCCGCUACCGCGACUACUUCAUCCCAAGCCUCUCAAAACCAGCCGGGCAAAAGACACGAUGCGCCUUCGCCAACGCAUGGACCCGUCUCGCCUGGGCUCAGAUGAUAAAAAAGCAACACGACAGCCUAGAGCUCCUCUACCAAAUGACACGCCCACCACCCGGCACAAGCCCCUGUCCCGGCCGCAUCGUCACCGAACAAUCCUGGCACCGCAUCUACGACCCGGAAGCCGGCGGCGACCUCCCAGGCUUCCACGUCUGCAGCAGUUGCGCGCGCAACAUCCGCAUCCUAAUGCCCAGCCACCGGGAAACCUUCCAGCCAAACCCGGAGCCCACCGAGCGCGUGUGCGACUUCGUCACAUCCAGUCCGCGAUUCGUGAAAUUCAUCGAUCUCCUCGAUGCGUCUGCAUCCCGGGCUGAAUCGGACUCCUCGCGCACGCGCCGCCCGGAUACGCGCGAGUUCCUUAACUAUGCGCGGCGCAAGGUCGUGCUGCGUGAUUGUCGUCGUGAUAGGCCUACUCUUAGUACGUGGCACUUUAUACCGUCGCUGCCGGAGAUGUGUGUCUGUGAAGACUGCUAUGAUGAGGUUGUUUGGCCGCUGGCCAGAUCGAAUCAUCCUAUUGCGUGCAUGGUCACGACGAAGAUGCGGAUCUUGCCUGGUGAUGGGCCUGGUCGGACUCGUGAGGCGAGUUGUCAGCUUUACUCACCGCGUAUGCGGGCGAAGUUCCGGGAGGCUGUUGUUAGGGAUGAUUUUGGGAUGUUGAGGUCUGUUGCGCAGAGGAGGGUUGAGGCUGAGCGGCGGUUCCUGGAUCGGCGGGAGGAGUUGUUGGUUGCUCAGUCGAAGGGAUAUGAUUGUGAUGAGGAGAUGAGGAAGGCUGUUGAUGAGUGGAGGAGGUGGGAAUGA